AUGAAGCUCUCAAUAGCUCUUGCACUCGGCGCAACGGCUUCGACGGGGGUGUUGGCUGCUGUUGUACCGCAGCAAGAACCGCUGAUAACCCCCCAAGAUCCCCCAACUCAUCAUCAUCAGGAGAAGUUCUUGAUCGAGUUGGCUCCUUAUCAGACGAGAUGGGUUACCGAGGAAGAAAAGUGGGACUUAAAACUGGAUGGCGUGAACUUCAUCGAUAUUACUGAAGAACGAAACACUGGGUUCUACCCAACGUUGCAUGCUGGUAGCUAUGUUCACUAUCCGCCGACGAUGAAGCAUGCGGAGAAGGUGGUUCCCCUUCUGCGGGGUCUCUCCAAGGACAACAUGGAGCAAAACCUCAACAAAUUUACCUCAUUUCACACUCGCUACUAUAGGUCGUCCACUGGUAUUGAGUCCGCAAAGUGGCUAUACAGUAGGGUUUCGGAUGUCAUUGAGCAGUCGGGUGCAGCAGAGUACGGCGCCACUGUGGAGCAGUUCGCUCACUCAUGGGGCCAAUUCAGUAUCAUUGCUCGGAUCCCAGGCCAGACUAACAAAACUGUUGUCCUGGGCGCACAUCAGGACAGCAUCAAUCUUUUCCUCCCCUCCAUCCUAGCUGCACCUGGUGCCGAUGAUGACGGAAGUGGAACCGUGACUAUACUCGAAGCUUUGCGUGGUCUGCUGCAGUCAGACGCCAUUGUCCGGGGCAACGCUUCCAACACAAUCGAAUUCCACUGGUACUCGGCAGAGGAAGGUGGUAUGCUUGGUUCGCAAGCCAUAUUCUCUCAAUAUAAGAGAGAUAAGCGAGACAUCAAGGCGAUGCUUCAACAGGAUAUGACUGGUUAUACCCAGGGAGCUCUGGACGCCGGUCGUCAAGAAGCCAUUGGGAUUAUGGUUGACUACGUUGAUGAGGGACUGACACAAUUCCUCAAAGAUGUCACUACUGAGUAUUGUGGUAUUGGCUACAUCGAAACCAGAUGUGGCUACGCCUGUUCGGACCACACGUCCGCAAGCAAAUAUGGCUAUCCCGCAGCUAUGGCGACGGAAUCCGAAAUGGAAAACAGCAACAAGAGGAUCCACACGACUGAUGACAGCAUCCGGUAUCUAAGCUUCGAUCAUAUGCUGGAGCAUGCGAGGUUGACACUUGGCUUCGCUUACGAGCUGGCCUUUGCUCAAUUCUAG